UCCAUUCUACUUUAUGUUCUUUUGUUCCUGUCAACCAAGCUUGUUUAAGUUGCUUCGGAAUUUGGAGAAGAAAUUACAGCUGGAAAAUAUAUGAAAGAGUUUUUAAACCUACAGAUUCUUCUGACUUUAGAAUCAGUUGUUAUAUUACCAAGAACAGAUAAAUGCAGAUGUUGGACCAUGUCAAAAAUCUUGUCAAGAGAGUGGAUUGUUUCACACAGAAACGAGAUGUGGCUUCUGAUUCUGGUGGUGCAUUUGUUCCAGAGAAAUGUGAAUUCAGGACAUAUGCCAACUAAAGCUGUGGACCCAGAAGCAUUCAUGAAUGUUGUAAGUCCCAGGCCUGUGGUGUUACUGCAGCAUGGCCUGCUUGGAGAUGCUAGCAACUGGAUUUCCAACCUGCCCAACAACAGCCUGGGCUUCAUUCUGGCAGAUGUGUGUUUUGAUGUGUGGCUGGGGAACAGCAGGGAAAACACCUGGUCUCGGAAACACAAGACCCUCUCCAUAGGCCAAGAUGAGUUCUGGGCUUUCAGUUAUGAUGAGAUGGCUAGGUUUGACCUUCCUGCAGUCGUAAACUUUAUUUUGCAGAAAACGGGCCAGGAAAAGAUCUAUUAUGUCGGCUAUUCACAGGGAUAUUCAAUAUCCAUGCUGACAUAUUUCUCUUUUGCAGGCUUUAUUGCAUUUUCCACAAUGCCAGAGCUGGCUCAGAAAAUAAGAAUGUAUUUUGCUUUAGCACCCAUAGCUACUGUUAAACAUGCAAAAAGCCGUGAGGCCAAAUUUUUGUUGCUGCCAGAUGUGAUGAUCAAGGGAUUGUUUGGUAAAAAAGAAUUUCUCUACCAGACCAGAUUUCUCAGACAGUUUGUUAUUUACCUUUGCGGCCAGGUGAUUAUUGACCAGAUUUGUAGCAACAUCACGUUACUCCUGGGAGGAUUUAACACGAACAACAUGAACAUGAGCCGAGCAAAUGUAUAUGUCGCUCACACACCUGCUGGAACAUCUGUGCAAAAUAUCCUGCACUGGAGCCGGGCACUGAAUUCUGGGGAACUUCAGGCAUUUGACUGGGGCAGUGAGACCAAGAAUCUGGAAAAAGGAAAUCAGCCAGCUCCUGUAAGGUACAAAGUUAGAGACAUGACGGUCCCUACAGCAAUGUGGAGGGGUCAGGACUCGCUUUCAAAUCCAGAAGACGUGAGAAUACUGCUAUCUGAGGUGACCAACAUCAUCUACCAUAAGAACAUUCCUGAAUGGGCUCAUGUGGAUUUCAUCUGGGGUCUGGAUGCUUCUCACCGUUUGUCCAAUGAAAUAAUACAUCUGAUGAAGCAAGAAGAGACCAGUAUUUCCUAGGGAACUGUCAGUGUCAGCUUGUGA